AAGGGAAGUUACUCACUGGUAAAACGAGCCAAACACACACAAACGAAAAUUUAAAAUAUGACGCUUUCAUCAAGUUCUGGAAUUCCACCAAAAACUUGGCAACCCCCAAACGUAACAUUUGACACAACUGCAGGGUCAAUAACAUUUGAACUUUAUUGGAAACAUGCACCUAACACAUGUAGAAACUUUGCAGAGUUAGCCAGAAGAGGAUAUUACAAUGGUGUAAAGUUUCAUCGAAUCAUCAGAGAUUUUAUGAUUCAAGGAGGAGAUCCUACAGGAACAGGUAGAGGAGGAGCUUCUAUUUAUGGAAAGGAAUUUGGUGAUGAAAUCACAAAUGAAUUAAAACAUACAGGUGCAGGAAUUUUAUCAAUGGCAAACAGUGGACCAAACACAAAUGGUAGUCAGUUUUUCAUUACAAUAGCCCCCACCCAGUGGUUAGAUGGUAAACAUACAAUAUUUGGACGUGUUUCUAGUGGUAUGCAGGUUGUACAGAGAAUAGGACUUGUAGAAACAAGAGAAAAUGAUAUGCCUGCAGAAGAUAUAAAGAUAGUGAAAGCAAGUGUUAUACCAACGUGAAUAAAAUUUCUAGUAAAAUUGUUGAUUU